AUGAACUGUCAGCCGCAACAGAUUCACGAUAGUGGACAUAAUCUCGAAAUGCCAUCGAUGACAAGCCCUGAAGUUGAUAUCGCAAGAGAUAGAAACAACAUGAGGACUGGGAGGGCCACGCCAGCAGGAGUCUCUGAGCGCGCCAAUCUUUCACGUGCUUCAAUGACGACCCGAAACGAACCCACAUCGUCAAAGUCACUUACGACCGGCCGCGAUUCAUUAAUUACAGUGCCAUUAUCGUCAGUCGCCAAGGCUCACCCCCACGAUUACAUCGACCCUGAAGAGUAUGCAAAGCGUCCAGUUGAAGAGCGCCAACGGAAAGCAAAGGAGGAAGGGAAGGUGUCGAGACCAUUGAACUCGUAUAUGCUGUAUCGAAAAGCCUUCCAGCAAAUUGCACGGCGAGUGCUCAGCAAUGACCAGCAGCAAUUUGCUUCCCAGAUUGUUGGUAUAUCAUGGAACAAUUAUGAGUCGAAGGACAUCAAGGACCAAUUCAAGGCUCUGGCGAAGAUCGAUAACCAAAUGCAUCGUAAAGCAUUCCCCACUUAUAAAUACACUCCUACUCAGGGAAGGAAGCCAAGGAGCGGCGCACCAGACUCAAAGAAACUGUCAACUGCAAUCGAGCGCCGGGUAUGCCGACGAUUUGGUAACAAAGACGCCUAUUCUCAUGGAGCUUCAGGGAAGAAACUUGUCCGACCAAAUCAUGUCGAAGCGCUAGGACAGCAUCAAUCUAGCGAGGGAAACAUGGACAUUAAGUGGUGGACUCAGGAACCCCCCAGUUUCGCAAAUCCUUUGAUGCACCACGGUAGACAUGAUGAUCGCUUUGAACAGCACUUUACUACGGACUCGAUGUACUUUGAGCCUCAAUAUCCCGAUGUCCUCGAUGAGGCUCCUUUCAGUCAACUGCCAAGUCAAUCAGAGCCAUUGGCUGCUAGCCCGUGUGCCCGUGUCGGGGCCGGUUACAUGGACCCCAAUCUCUUCAAGCUCGAAAACAUGAGCAUGGCCCAGAACCCUGGUUCAUAUAUGGAAUGGGGGCAACCUCAAGAGGCGCAAGUAGUUCAUGACUACCCUCCUCUUACACCUGACAUAAAUGCUGGCCAGGCUAACGACCCCGGAUAUGAAGGGCCGGAAGAGUGGUCAGUUCAGCAUCUUGAUGAAGGACAGAAUGCCUUCGGCUGGCAUACAACCAGUGAGCAGAGAAGCAGAUAA